AUGAUCUAUGGAGCACCGAUUCUACAGCACCAGAGUUAUUCAAAAUGGUUAUGUCUGUCUAUGAAAAGAUUCUACUUGUUGCUUCAAGCUCUUCGCUUCGAUAAUAUUAGCACAAGAGCUGAGCGCAAAAAAAUUGAUAAGCUAGCACCAAUUAGAGAUAUUUUCGAGAAAUUUCAAGAAAGAUGCCAAGCCUGCUAUACACCUAGUGAAAAUUGUACAAUUGACGAGAUGCUAGAGGGUGUCCGGGGAAGGUGCAGCUUUAGGCAAUACAUCUCCAGUAAGCCAAACAAAUACGGCAUAAAAAUAUUUGCCUUGGCUGAUAGUCGUGCAUUCUACACUCUCAAAAUGGAGAUUUAUGCAGGAAAACAGCCUGAGGGUCCAUUUUGUAUUGAUAACAGCCCAGCUUGUGUGGUAAAACGAAUGUGUGAACCCAUUUGGAAUUCUGGACGAAAUUUGACCUGCGAUAACUGGUUCACAUCAGUUCCUUUAGCAGAAGAUCUCAAGAAGAAUGAAAUAACUUUAGUUGGGACAAUUAGAAAAAACAAACGUGAAAUUCCCGAAAUAUUUGUUGCAACUAAACAAAGGCCCGUUUGCAGCAGUAUGUUUGCUUUUGGCCGAGAAUCUCUAUUAGUUUCGUACGUCCCAAAGAAAAACAAGAAUGUCCUGCUAUUGUCAACACUUCAUGAAUAUGAUGAAAUUGAUGCAGAAAGUGGCGAAGCCUGCAAGCCAGCAGUGGUUACUUUUUACAAUCAAACUAAAUCGGGAGUAGAUUCUGUGGACCAGCUCAAAAGUCUUUAUUCAGUGGCAAGAAAUACAUGUAGGUGGUUGACUGUGUUUUUUAGUAUCAUGAACAUCGCUGGAAUAAAUGGGAACAUUAUAUUUAGAACCAAUGUAUUAGAUUCUAAUCAACCAAGGCGAGAAUAUUUGAAAAAUUUAGCUAGACAACUCGUUACUCCACACAUGCAAGGAAGAGCGUCACAAAAUCUACCAUUUCUACUACGUUUGCAAAUAAAAAAUAGCUGA